AUGAUUGCGGGGAUUAUUCCUCUCGCUCAUUUAGCAAUCCAGCUGGCGGAGACGUAUGCGGCUGUUAGAGGCGCGGAGGAACCUGUUCCCCCGCGUGCUAAUGUUGUAUUGGGUGCUCUUGCCAGAAGGAGGGCAAUAGAAGCAUGGAAGGCUGAGGAACUAGAGCUCGUAGGGGCACCAGAGGCAACGGGAGUGCGCACGAGGGUGGCCAUUGCCGAAUGGUUGGUUGAAUGGAUUGGAAGGCCGUUCUCUAUCGGAACGACAUUUCACAUUACACAGCUGAUGACCGGCCAUGGUUGUUUCUCGGCAUAUUUAAAUAAAAUAAAGAAGAUCCCCUCCCCACGUUGUUUCGACUGCAAGGGAAAUGAGGAUACGGCGGAACACACCCUGAUCGACUGCCUGGCGUGGACGGAUGCCAGGAAUGAGUUGAUCGACGCGAUGGGGGGAGGGCAGCUAACCCUUCCCGUGAUAGUCAGGGUCUACCUGACUGUCCCAGGUGGAUGGACGGCCUUUCAGACCUUCGCUGGACGGUUCAUGCGUGCAAAGGAAGACGCUGAGAGGCGCAGGGAACGGACGCGAGAAGAAGAAGGAUGUGUGAGUGAGCGUGCGGGUAUGUACGUGGAUGGGAAUGCGAGCGAUAGGCCGCAUAGGAGAGUAGCUCCAGUGCGGCCACCUCGGGAAAGGCUCCGAGCGGCUCAGGCGGCGCCUGGCUCAAGCGUCGCUUCUCUUUAA